AUGGCUUCUCUCCCCUCCGCCCUCGCCCGGCGCCCGCUCCUCCUUCACACGACGACAAAAACCACAACCGGCAGCUUCCUGCCCACGCAACCAGCACACCUCGCCGCCCGCCAGUCCCGCGCCGCGACCUACAUCCACCGCCCCCGCCGCCCCUACACCUUCACCCAGCUCGUUCAGCUCUCGGACGGCUCGACCUUCACAGCGCGCACCACGUCCCCGGCGCCCCUGCACCGCGCCGACAAGGACUCGCGCAACCACAUCCUCUGGCAGCCGUCGGAGAAGACGCUGCACAACGUCGAGCUCGACGAGGCCGGCAAGCUGGCGGCGUUCCGGCAGAGGUUCGGCCGCGGCUUCGACCUGCUCGACGCCGCCUCGGAGGAGGCUGACGCGCAGGCCGCGGGGGACAAGGGCAAGGGCAAGGGCAAGAGCGAUGGUGCCGUUGAGGAGGUCGACGAGGAAGAGGUGUGGGACAUGGGUGAUCUGAUCAGCGGGUACUCGACGCCCAUGGAAGAGCCCAAGGCACCGGUAUUCCACAAGAAGACGAAGGGGAAGAAAUAA